UCCCGAGAUUUUAGGUUAUUCCUACUCAUAGUAAUGAUGAGUUUGCAUUUGCGCCGUCAUUUGCUGAAGUCAGUUGAGGUGCUAGCUGACCAUAUGGCAGAAGUCGACAGAUACUCAGUGAAAACCACAGAACCUCCAUCAUUGUCAUCGGAAGAACCGCAAUACAGUCCAUUUAUUUAUGUGGCAGGUCAUUCCGCUACGCUUGUGAGGGCUAGGUCUAUGUUAAGAACAGGUCAUUCCGUUCCUGAUUUAACAGUUUCCAUGGCGCGGACGGCUCGGCAAGUAAUUCCUCCAUCAACCUCAUUUACAAGUACUUAUGAAGCAGGUCAUUCCGCUACACUUGUGAGGGCUAGGCCAGUGUUAAGUGCAGGUCAUUCCGCUCCCGAUUUUAGCUGA